GAUCCGCUGAGAACACUUGGAUCGUAAAUCGCGAAUGGGCCCAGCGCUGAUUACAAGCGUCGAAGGGUAAAUCUCUAUACUCGGGCCUAGCCUGCACUAAGCCCUCGGAGGAAUGUGCUAUUAUUAUAAUAGCUGGUCGAAGCUCCACGCUGCCAGACACACAUAGGUAGAGCCGGUGCGAUCGCUGGUUAGCGUAAGUAUCGCGAUUAGAUCUAAGCCGAUAGCCGUGACGGGAUGGAGUCUUGGCUGAGGGUAUCGUGUGUGCUCUGCAUAUUCGGCUUCCUCCGGGAGCUGAGGCCCUCGGAGCCCUACCACGCGGAGAUCCUGAUGGGCGAGUGGUACCACGUCACCCAGGACGAGGUCAACCGAUCGGUAUAUCCCGUGGGAACCUACUCCUACCUGGCGCUCCUAAUCUUCGUCUUCCUUAUAACGGACUUACUCAGAUACAAGCCCGUGAUCGUCGCGAACGCCAUUACUGGCAUAUGCAUCUGGGGAACCCUGAUAUGGACGAGCACCUUGGGCGGCCUGCAGGCGGUGGAGGUGUUCUAUGGCUUCUACCAGGCCGCCGAGGUGGCCUACUACUCGUACAUCUACGCCAAGGUGGACAAACAGUACUAUCCCCGGGUGACCUCGCACACGCGGGCGGCCAUGUUUGUGGGCAAACUGGUGGCCGGGCUUCUGGCGCAACUGGUGAUCGGCCUGCAGUGGAUGAACUACAAGCAGCUGUUCUACAUCUCCGUGAGCUCUCAAGUUGCGGCGCUGCUCUGGGCUUUCUUCUUGCCAAAGGUGGAGAAAAGUGUGUACUUCCAUAACAAAAGCGAAGCUAUUCAAGCUGCUGGCAAACCGGAUGGAGGAGGUCUGGAGAAGGCAUCAGAGAUUACCGACGGAAAGGAAGUGGAAGAAAAGACUGCGACGAGUCCUAGUAAGAAGGUCCCAGCCUGGCAGCUGCUCUGGUCGCAUUUCCGUAGUGCCUAUACCAAUAACUUGGUGCUCCAAUGGAGCUUAUGGUAUGCUAUAAGUCUGGCGGGAUUUCUGCAGAUCACCACCUAUAUGCAGGUGGUUUGGAAGUCCUUCGCCAAUGAACCCACAAUUGCUUGGAACGGAGCUGUGGACGUGGCCCUGACACUGCUGAGUGCCGUCUCUGCCCUCCUCGCCGGCUACUUCCAUGCUGGGCGUUUGAGGACCAGGAGCAGCCUGCUCUCCAUGGCCCUGCUGUCCAUCCUUCAGGGUGGUUGUGUGCUCCUGUCCUGCUGGACCACCAAUAUAUACCUGUCCUACCUUGGCUAUGUGCUCUACGGCGGACUAUUCGCCUUUACCAUAACGGUGGCUAGUUCUGAGCUGGCCAGCAGCUUGGAGGAGGAUAGUUUCGCCCUGGUUUUCGGUUUCAACACUUUUGUGGGCCUCAUCCUGCAAUGCAUUCUGACUUUUGUGGUUGUCUCGGAGAGGGUUAAUCUAAACCUAGAUGUUUUUCAGCAGUUCACAGUCUACGCCGUCUACUUCAUAGUUAUUGGAGUGGUCUACUCAAUGGCUGUUUUAAUACAUUACAUAUGGUCGUGCUCGAAGAGAUCAAAAUCUAUGCAAGUUUCUUACUAGGGAACUACAUACUACCUAUAUUUUUAAGUACUUGGUUAAAGCGGAAGUGUUCAAAUUUGGUUUAAAAAGUUAAUAAAGUCCCAAAUGCUUUAAAUGCCCCCUUAUAAGCAACGUUUCCAAA